ACCAAUAGGCGCGCAGCUCGGGGUCGAGCCGGGCCCUGCUGGGCAGCUCUCCGGUAGUUGGACUCCGGGGGUGCAGAGGACGUUUCGGGGCGAGUUAGUUGUUGAGCGAGAGACGAGGUCAUGGAGCACGAAGUCCAGCGGGUUCGCAACGCAUUCCUGUCCGGCCGGUCACGACCUCUGAGGUUCCGGCUGCAGCAGCUGGAGGCCCUCCGCAGGAUGGUGCUGGAGCGCGAGAAAGAUAUCUUAGGAGCCAUCGCCUUGGACUUGUGCAAGAGUGAACUUAAUGCAUACAGUCAUGAAAUUGUUACCAUUCUUGGGGAAAUUGAUCUCGUGCUGGAGAAGCUUCCUGAAUGGAUUGCUGCUGAACCAGUCAAGAAGAACCUUCUCACCAUGCUGGAUGAGGCCUAUAUUCAACCAGAGCCCCUGGGAGUUGCACUGAUCAUAGGAGCUUGGAACUACCCCUUUGCUCUCACCAUUCAGCCACUGAUAGGAGCCAUUGCUGCAGGAAACGCUGUGAUUAUCAAGCCUUCUGAACUAAGUGAAAAUUCAGCUAAGAUCUUGGCUAAACUCCUCCCCCAGUAUUUAGACCAGGACUUGUAUGUUGUUGUUAACGGUGGUGUGGAGGAAACCACGGAGCUUUUGAAGCAGCGAUUUGAUUCCAUUUUCUAUACUGGAAGCACCAGAGUUGGAAAAAUUGUCAUGGCAGCUGCUGCCAAGCAUCUGACCCCUGUGACUCUUGAACUGGGAGGGAAGAGUCCAUGUUACAUUGACAAAGAUUGUGACCUGGACAUCGCCUGCAGACGCAUCACCUGGGGGAAGUACAUGAACUGCGGUCAGACCUGCAUUGCUCCUGACUAUGUUCUCUGUGAACCCUCUCUCCAGAAUCAAAUCGUACAGAAGAUUAAGGAAACUGUGAAGGAAUUUUAUGGAGAAAAUAUAAAACAAUCCCCUGAUUAUGAAAGGAUCAUCAACCUUCGUCAUUUUAAGAGGAUACUAAGUUUGCUUGAAGGACAAAAGAUAGCUUUUGGCGGGGAGACUGAUGAGGCCACCCGCUACAUAGCCCCAACAGUACUUACUGAUGUUGAUCCUGAAAGCAAGGUGAUGCAAGAAGAAAUUUUUGGACCAAUUCUUCCAAUAGUGCCUGUAAAGAAUGCAGAUGAAGCCAUAAAAUUCAUAAAUGAACGUGAAAAGCCCUUGGCUCUCUAUGUAUUUUCUCAUAACAAUAAGCUCAUCAAACAGAUGAUUGACAGCACAUCCAGCGGUGGUGUCACAGUCAACGAUGUUAUCAUGCACUUCAUUCUUUCUUCUUUACCCUUUGGAGGAGUGGGUUCAAGUGGGAUGGGAGCUUACCACGGAAAACAUAGUUUUGAUACUUUUUCUCAUCAACGUCCCUAUUUAUUAAAAAGUUUAAAGAGAGAAAGUACUAACAAACUGAGAUACCCUCCCAACAGCCAGUCAAAGGUGGAUUGGGCAAAAUUUUUUCUCUUGAAACGGUUCAACAAAGGAAAACUCUGCCUCCUGUUCCUUGCUUUCCUGGGCAUUGUGGCAGCUAUGCUUGUCAAGAAAUACCAAGCUGCGCUGAGGAGAAAGGCGCUGUUGAUUUUUCUGGCAGUUCAGACUGCGUUGUCCAGUAAGCAGUGAUGAGCAGCAGAUUUCAGAACCCAGCUCUGUCUGUUAAGAGAGAGGCAGGAUACUACUGAAGAAUGAUCCUGUUCAACCUCCUAAUUGCCUCUGCUGAAUUAAUCCUCUGUUAAAUAGUUAAGGAACCAGUGAUUUUAAUGUCCACCAAAAAUAGUAAGAAAAUAUGCACCAUAAUUAACCUUAAAAGUCACUGUCAUGCAGCAUUAAUAAAACUUGCCAUUUCAGCCAAAUCCUAACAUUACCCAAUAGUGAAGAUACUCAGAGAAUCUGUCCUCGAUUGUGUGACCCAGAUUUCAGAGCUUUGGGCUAGGGGAGGAGAAGGUCACAAGCUAAACCCUCAUGCCCUGGGAGAUGGAAAGGAGUCUCAGAGCCUGCUCGGUGACUUCCUUACUAUAGUUCAUUGGGUAUGAGACACCCUCCCCUGUCCCCACUGCUGCCGCCAUCCCUCUGGAGACUUUUGAAAGCUCAGCACUGCCCAGGGUUACUAGCAACCCUCUGCAGUCCAGAGAGAUGAGGCUGGAUUUCCCCAGCUCCCCUUGAGCUUCAAGGCACUGCAGCUGUGGAAGCAGAGGAUUCCUGUCCCUCAUCUCUUGGGACAUGAGGACCUGACCUCCAGGAGUUGGCUCUCCUGUCAAAUGUGCCAUCUGGCUUCCUUUCAUCUCCAUUGUGUUUGGUUUGUGUCAGCCUUUUGUCCCUGUCUACAAAGGCUCAUGGUGACUUACAGCACUCAAAGCAUCUUGUAAAUCAGAGGACUUCCUGAAAGACAGUUGCCAAUUUCAUUCAAGUGUCAUCUGUCAUUCUUGUGAUGUAGCAGUUGUAGAAUUCUGCAUCUUAUAAAACCUAACUGGUGUUUUUAAAAUUAAAUAAAAGUACUGCACUUACAACAAUACUUAUCUUCUCUCAGGAUCCUAAAGUUGCAAGUUAGUGGGUCUCCAAGGAUAAAUCUUUUCAAGUUUUUUGUUUCUGUAGCACAACACAGGAAAUUUCACUGUUUUAAACUUCAGAGAGGCCCCUUUCAGAAUAAAUUCAACCUACAGAAGUUAACAUGGGGAAACCGUUUCCUGUGUGUCAUGGAUGAAAGGCUUUGGAUAUUCAGGACUUUGGAGCUUGAGAUCCUCUGGGGGUAAAUGGUGGAUCAUUUGGAGAAAUCUGCAGAAGGACUCUCAGCCAUAGCCAUUGGCCAUGUUGAAGAGGAUGGAGGACAUAAGAAGACGGUCUCCUGGGCAUGGCCAAGACCUGAAGUCCUUUAGCAAGUGCUAAAGGAGAGCACAGUGGAAUGCGGCCUCCCUGCUCAGCAGUGCUCUGUGACUUAGGUGGCCCAUUCUUCCUCCUAUUUGAAAACACACUUGGCCCACUCAAUGAGACAAUGUAAUUCACUUUAUAGAACACAUAAUCGGCUUUGUUGAAUGAAUUUAUUCCAUUAAGGCUGUCUGCAAUAAUGUCUUUAUCACAGAAUGAGGUGUCAAGAAUUAAUCACUAGACUAGGAGAAAAACUGCAUAAACUGUGGCUAUAACUAUCAGAAUAAUCAAUCAUAAAAUGUCUUACACAAAAUUUCAAUAUGGCAUUUUCAUUUAAUAUAUUGUACAUUAUAAUUUCUAGUUAAACUAAAUUAUUGAUUUGUCUAGUGUAUUCUACUUCAAAAUAAAUACAUUAUAUUUUAUAAGAUUGGCAUGAUUUUAAUAAUAUUCUUAGUUUGGAACCUUAUAUAUGACCUGUUGAAGAUAAUUAUUUGAUCAUAAAUAUUCUUCAACUAUAAAUAAACAUGUUUUGUCUUUAUCAAA